AUGAUUGGGUCGAAAUGGACUCCAACAACUGAGGAAGAGGAUCACAAAGAAGAAGCUAUCCCUAUGUGGGUUCACUUGGAGAAAGUUCCGCUUCAUAUGUAUUCGUGGGAAGAGCUUAGUUUCAUUACGAGUACAGUAGGAUUUUCUGUGAAGCCUCACCUGGAAACCACUGCUUGUACAAACCUUGAUGAGGCAAAAAAAUUUGUGAGAGUUGAUGUCACCAAAGUCUUGCCUAAAGAGAUCACAUUCACUAAGGAGGGUAAGCAAUUCACUGUGAAAUUCUAUUACCCAUGGUUGCCGGCUAGGUGUAAGCUCUGUGACAAAUGGGGACAUAGUGAAGCAGUGUGUGCUACAAAGGGUAAGGGGAAGAAGAGUAGGAAUGCUUCUCGGUCUCCAGUUCAAGUUAGUGGUGUGAAAGCUACUAGUCCUGAAAGUGUAGCGAAUGUUUCAGUAGUUGCCAAUGGUAGUGUGGGAAGGGAGGUUGAAGGUAGUAUAUGUAAAGAAGUAACUGGAGGAGUGGGAAAUGGUAGUAUUGAGAAGAAGAAUAGUCAAAAGAAGGAAAAGGGAGUCGCUGGUCCUAGUGAGUGGUCUAUGGUUUCUACAGCGAAAUCAGGAAGGUUUUUAUUCAUAUCAACUCAGAAAGAAGAGGUAGAGAUCUCUGCAUCUAAAUUUUCUGUGCUAAGUGUGGAUGAAACCGAGGAAGGUGAGCUGAUAGAAGAUAAGCUACUUACAUAUGUAGAUGAUGGCAAUGAUGGCAAUGAGGGUAAUGAGGAGAUGGAGAUUAUGGAGAAUGAUUUAAUGGAUGAUAAUAUAUUGGAUCAGCAGGUUCAGGAGGAGAUUAAAGUAGGGUCGAGAAGAGGUAGGAAGCCAAAAGGCUCCGGAUGCAAAUCCAGGGAGGAUCUCAAGGCCUCGACGCAAACACUAAUUCAUGGAGAUUUAUUCUGGAAUGUGCAGGGAUUUAACAAAUAUUUGAAGCAUUCUGUUAUAGAAGAUUGGGUAAGAAGAAAUAACAUGAAUUUUGGGUGUAUUUUGGAAGUCGGAGAGUAUCUUAAAGAAGUCUACAAAUCAGGACAGCUUAUCAUCUGUUCUGUUGGGUUACAUGGGCGAGAAGAGUUUUUCUACACAAGUGUCUACGCAAAUAAUCUUGUGGAGGAAAGAAAGGAGUUUUGGGAGGAUCUAUGCCAUCAUCAAGACUCAGCUAUGUUUAGUAGUAAGCCUUGGAUGAUAGUAGGUGAUUUCAAUGAGAUUUUGGAGGGUGAGGAAAAUUCAGGAUUUAUGGAGUAUAGUAGAGUUUCAAGUGGUAUGACGGCUUUUCAAAAAAUGGCUCUGCAUUGUAAGCUAUCGGAUAUGGGUUAUCAAGGUCCAUUGUUUACUUGGUGUAACAAGAGGGAAGAAGGAGCUAUUUGCAAAAAACUGGACCGGGUUCUUAUUAAUGAUAUAGCUUUACAGAGGUUCACGAGUGCUUAUUCAGUAUUUAAGUUGCAAGCAUUUCUCCCUCUGGUUAGAGGGUUUUGGGAUGGUACACCGAAGUUAUUCCACUCGACUUCAGCUAUGUUCAGGUUUUCUAAGAAGCUUAAGAGUGUAAAGCCUCUCAUCAGGGAGCUUGGCAAGGAGAAACUGGUCUCUAUUCAGGAGGAAGCUGUAGCCUAUGAGAGAUGGCUUCAUGUUGCAAGUUUGGAAGAGGAUUUUCUAAAGCAACGCGCGAAACUCCAUUGGCUAGAUGUGGGAGAUCAGAAUAAUAAAACAUUUCAUAAUGCCAUCAGAUCUAGACAAGCGCAAAAUACUAUAAGAGAGAUAAGGUGUCAGAAUGGUAUUACUGUUACGCAGCAGCAGGAUAUCAAGGAGGAAUCAGUCAGUCUAUUGGAAGUUGAGGUUACUGGGGAGGAGAUAUGCAAGGACUUCAUCAUUGCUGUCCAAUCAGUUUUCAGGUAUGGAUUUCUACCUAAGGGGUCAACGUUUAUUAAAGGAAGACUUCUGAUGGAGAAUGUAUUAUUAGCAUCAGAGUGGGUCAAGGAUUAUCACAAGGAUGUUGUCUCACCUAGGUGUGUGAUGAAGAUUGAUAUAUCUAAGGCGUUUGAUUCUGUUCAGUGGAGCUUUGUUCUUCGGAGUCUUGAGGCAAUAGGAUUUCUAGCGAGAUUCUUACAGUGGAUAAAGCUUUGCAUAACUACUCCCUCAUUUUCAGCUCAAAUAGACAAGGCUGUGAGAGAGAGGAAGUUCAAGCUGCAUCCUCGGUGCCAAUCUCUAUCUCCUACUCACCUAUGCUUCGCGGAUGAUUUGAUGGUAUUUGUGGAAGGCACUAAAGAAUCUAUUGAGGGUGUUCUUUCUGUAUUUGGGGAUUUCGCUAAGCAGCCGAGGUUGAGAAUUAGUAUUGAGAAGUCUACAGCAUAUAUGGCUGGAAUUUCCAGCAAGUGUAUUAAAGAGGUGGAGCAGUUAUGUGCUUCUUUUCUUUGGACGGGUCCAGAUUUAAAGUUCUCAGGUGCUAAGGUAUCAUGGAAAGAUAUCUGUAAGCUAAAAAAUGAAGGAGGUAUGGGGUUGCGUUCACUGAAAGAAGUCAAUAUAGUAUAUGGGUCGAAGCUUAUUUGGAGAAUGCUUGCUGUGGAUUCUCUUUGGGGGAGGUGGGUCAAAAUGAAUCUACUAAAGAAAAAGAGUUUCUGGGAAGUAAAAGCUAAUACUCAAGUUGGUUCUUGGAUGUGGAGGAAGAUGCUCAAACUCAAACCACUAGCGAAGUCUUUCUACAAGGUAGAAAUUGGGAAUGGUCGUCAUAUUUCAUUUUGGUAUGAUAAUUGGUCCAUAAAAGGUGUGAUAAUGGAUCUUCUGGGAGAAAGGGGUAUUAUUGAUCUGGGAAUAAGGAAAGAUGCUACUCUUUCUGAAGCUGCUCUAAAUAUGGGUAGGAGAAGAAGAGUCGAGGACAUCCUUGGUGUGAUGAAUUUCUUGGCUGGUCGCAUCCUUUUGCAUGAUCGACGGUCUCUGAAUUGCCGUCAGAUUGAUAUAUUAUACGACAUUGGCUUGUUGCUGAACAAGGUCACAUCAUCCCCUCCUCCUUCAAAAGGAUUUGCCCUCAAAUCCGACUUAAUGUUUAAACCUGUGACCGUGAGAGGCAGCCCCACUAGUGAUCAAAACAGGUUGCUUUCGGAGAAGCAAUCUCCUAGAGCCAUUAUGAGAGAUGGAAGAGCAGUCUCAGUUUUACUUCAGGUGGAAUGA